UUUUACGCAAAUUGUGUCGGCCCGGGUUAAAAUAAUCGGUUAUUUGUUUAGAGUGAUUUUGUGCGUAUAAAUAAAUUAUUUCCUAAUUAUAAAUUCAAAAUGCCUUCGGUGAAAGGAGCAGAAAGCGAUGCUGACGAUAUGUCAGGGGGCGAAAGCGACCAUUCAAACUCGAGUAGGGCCCCCGAGAGGGACUCUAGUGCCGAAGAAGCUGAUGAAUUGGAAUCAGAUGACUCUUCUGAAAUGGAUGAGGUUGAAUGCGAUCGAAGAAGAAAAGAAUGCUUGGAAAUAUUAGCUGACUUAGAGCAGCAAUUCUUAGCGAUACGUGAACAGCUGUACAAGGAACGGAUAAGUCAUGUAGAGUGGCAAUUGUUGGAAGUGAAAAAUGGGAGGUCAAGAGAAUAUCUUGUUCCUUUGCAGAGGCUGCAAGAAAAUAUGAGAAUUAGGCAUGAGGUCGCUGGGACAUUGAAGCAAUUUAGAUUAAAAAAUAUCCAACAUAAAUAUGCUGCUGAGGAACAGGCAGCUAGGCAAAAUUUUGAAAGUGAAAAAUCCCUUGCUGUUGAUUUCAUACAUGAAGAACUGCUAGAUAAAAUCAGACGCUUAGAGGAAGACCGUCAUAAUGUGGAUAUUUCAUGGGCAGAUUGGAAUACAGGGUCACGGUCAAGUAAAGUUCGAGGUCCAGGUCGGCGUAAAGCGGUUACUGUUUCUGGACCUUACAUUGUAUAUAUGCUUUCUGAACAAGAUAUUCUCGAAGACUGGACUGUCAUUCGGAAAGCAUUAAAACGCACAGUUCCUACUUGACACCACAUAUAUAAAAUGUGAACAUUUUCUGUGAAUGUAUGAGGUUUAGUGUU